GUAUAGAUCAUAAAGAUUUUCAGAAAAUACAAACUGAAUAAUCACAUAAAGGGAGUUUAAAGCUAUGUUCAGAUAUUAUAUACACUAUUAACUCAUUUCUGAAGGAAUAUUUUUAAUCACUAUGAAUUGAUUGUGAUGGAUUUUAUCUAUUUUAUUAUUUCAAUAAUUCCAGCGAUUCAAUAAUUGUAAAACAAAAUAGAUAAUGGGUGUUUACUUUAAAAAACGUUAAGAACAUUGUUUUCAUAAUUGUUGCGUAUCAAUUUGAUUAUGGUAAUGUGCUUUGCGGACUUCACAAAAUAGAAAACGACUGGAGAAAUUGUUAAAGAGAAUAUCUUGUACAUGUAAAUUAACAAACAGAUUACAUUAAAGCCAAGGCGUAUACAAUUCAGCUAGCCGACGAUAUGGAGGAAAUUCGGAAGAAACUAAAUCAGUUCCCAUCAAGCUUCAGUGUAACAGAAACGAUGGCUACUAUGUCACGUGUAGAAAUUGAAAAGGUAAAACACAAAUUAGAGAUUGAACUGGAAUCUUCUGAAAAAGAAUUCAGCACGGAUAUGGAAAAGAUUAGAGCCGAAAAUUUACUUUCGUUUCUUCAGUUCCAUCUAGGAGAUCAAGAAAAGGCGACACAGUUUAACGAAACAGUUUUAGAUAGAGAACCGGACAAUAUGAUAGCUUUAUCAAACAAAGCUUGGUUUUCUUUAAGAAACCGUAAACACAUAUUGCAGUGCAAAGAACUUUGUGAUCGUCUCAAAGCAUUAACGAGACAGAAUGAAUUGGCUUUUGUAAUCGCAAGAGCUGAGGUAGCAUUUACCUACUCAAGACUAGGAAUAUGGAAUUAUAAGAAGGCUUCGUUAGAGUUUGAAAACGUUCUUCGAGAUAGCAAGAAAAUGAAAGAAAAGGAAUUUGGACUGGACUCUGCUUCACAUUCCACCCUAGUUCAAGUUCCGGCCGACUAUGUUUGUGUGUGGAUGUAUGGGAAAGCCCUCUGUCAACGGAGACAGUCACAUCUAUAUAACAUGUACGACGUAGCAGAUAUGGAAGAAAUGAAAAACUAUUACAAUGUUACGCUAGAGCUUUAUAUGAACAUAAUUGGGAUAGAAAAUUCUGAAAGCGAUUGUAUCAAGAGAUACAAAGCGAGGUCAUAUGUUGAAAUUGGUCGUAUUUCUUAUGAUGUCACUAAAAAGUCAUCCGUAUUUACAAAUGGCAUGGAAGAGUUUAUGCCUUCAAAUUCACCAUUUUUAAUGCCUACAACAGAUUAUUUUAGAAAAGCUCUUGAGUAUUAUCCGGAUGAUGUAUAUGUUCUUGAACGAAGCGGGAAGUUCUUUCGUUACAUAAAUCAACCUGAAGAAUCAAUACAUCUACUAACUCGAGCUAUUGAAAUCAAACCAACCUCCUUUGGGUAUCAUCAUAUCGCCCUGACGUUCAAAAGGCUACUUGAAAUAAACAAAGGGGGAUUAGCAAGGCAAUUAUUAGAACGUCACAAGGACUGUACAAAUGGACAAAUUAAGUCAUUCGGCGAACGUAAUGAUGUUGAUGGUCCAGAGGGCAACCCAACCAAUCGUAGUUCAAGAUCAUUGCAUAGAAAUGAAAUACAACAAAAUUAUAUCGUUGGUGAAGACAAAAGUCAAGACCAAAUGUUAGAAGCGCAUAGAUCAGUGACAACAGCCCUUGAAACAGCAAUGCAGUCACUUAACAAAAGAAGACGUGAUAUGCAGCAAUCAAGUUUUACAUUGACUGGAAACUUUUCACAACUUGAUCUAAACCCCCAAAGAGGCAACGUCAACAGUUUUCCAGUCGAUAAACAAUAUUUCCCAAGACGUGCUCAAUUACCAUUGCAUAGAGAUCAGAGGCAUGUCCGGCGUCCAAAUAAUUUAUAUUUUCGCAAGAGAGGUACUGAUAUCCCCGACGGUCCUUCGAGGUUGAACAGUAAGUCUGGAAUAAAAUGUCCAAAACAGCCAAAGAUUAUAGAUUACAAUAAACAUAAAUCUGUUGUUGAUAAAAUCAUUGUGUAUCUUGAUACAUCAUUUGAAAUGUCGACAAACACGAACGCAAUUUACGAUAAGGCCUUACUUUAUAGGCAAAUAAGCCAACCUAAAACUGCAUUAAAGAUUUUAGAAGAUUUAUCAAAGAAUAAUGAUAAAUUCAAUACACCCAUAAUGUUAGCGAACAUUUACGAGCAAUCCGCUUUUUGUAUAAGUGAGAUGUUACACCAGAAUAAUGAUUUCAAAAUGAAUGAAAAAUGUGAAUUGGAGGCAGCCAGGGACUUGUAUUUGAACUCUUCAAUUGAGAUUUCAUGUGGUAUCAUUGAAAAAAUUCCAUACCUCGACAAUUGCUGGAAAUCUGCUGCUACACUGAGGAAUGUCCUGUAUGGUAAAUUAGAGACAGAAAGAACGAAAAAUACUCUAAAGGACCUAUCGUCUCUUAACGAAAAGCUAAAUCGAUAUCGCGAUGCAGUUGAAGUACUUAAAGAACUGGAACUAUUAGCCGAUGACACCGAAGAAGAAAGGGAAAAUACUGAAAGAAUUGUAAACAAUCAUUUUUUGGCAGGAAACUUUGAAGAGGCAGUCAUCGCUCUAUGUAUGUCUAAGCAACUGAGAGAUGGACAACCAAUUGUUGAAAAGGAUCUAUACAUCAAAGUUUACAUCGAGGCAGGUUUGGAUGCUUUCAGACAAAAACAUUAUCAAAAGGGGAAAAUGCGUAUUGGAGAGGCGUUUAGAUUUGUGAGAGAACAAACUCACAAAAAUAGUGAAGCAUCUGAUAUGGACGAAGAAGAAAAUGCAUCAUUCGACCUUUUUAUUCUUUCAAACCUUGAUGACGAAGAUAAUGGACGAAAACUCAUGAUGAUUUUAGAUAACUUUGGACUCAAAGCAACAUUUAAUACAGAUAGUCCAGCGAUUGCUCCAGGCACACCCGAAGUAACUGGAAUGACUGACACAAUGAACAAAUCGAAUGCUUUUGUAGGUUUAAAAGACUUUGAUACAGAUAAUAAGCAAAUGCAACAUAUAAUCGAUAGAAUGCAAAGCAUUGUUGAAAACAGGCACACCAAAACAUUGGUUUUAGUGGUUACACUACCAGAAUCUACGGAAGUAAAACCUGGAUCUUUUUAUGCAACACAGAGGAAAAUUACAAUUGAUCUUAAAUCUGUACCAGAGGACUCUUACUUUACAGUUGAACAUUGCUUAUCAGAGGGUGUCAAAAGUUUGUUAGUAGCUCUUGCAUCGGUGUAAAAAGCCCUUCAUGCUGUUGAAUUGAGGAUCUUUGAUCCCUGUCAUUGUACAGUAAUGUACAUAUUGCUAUAUUUUCAUGUCCGUUACAAUAUAUAUUAGAUGAAAAUUGAAACCGUUACAAAAUGGGACUGAGUGAUGUGCUUAGUUAGUAUUUCCCCAUUAUUUGUCAUCGUUAACAAGUUCAUCGACGUUGAUUAAAUUAUAGUGAUAAAAUAUGACGAUUUUUUUUUUCAUUUUCGCACCAUUUUGGUUGCAGAGUGAAUUUUUAACAUCGUAGUUGAUACAUCUAUUUGUCGAAAUAAUGACUUCGUCAACUUAAUAGAGAACAACAUUUAAUAAAGAUCAGACUAGUUAUUGUUUUAUCGAUGAACCGGAAUUGUUGAUAAAAGUAUUAAUUGUCAGAAUGAUGUCUUUUUUCUGUAAGAAUAGACGGUCGUAUAUCGUGAUGGAAUAAAUGAAAAACAACAGUCAUCAAGAGAACAUUGGCGGUGAGAACAUCAAACCCUUAGAAAAGAUCAAGCUGCUUUUGAAAAAACCAAUGACCGAGAAAAAAGACAAAAGAUAUAUGAAUAUUGCAAAACCUUGUUCAUGGCAUGUAUUGAUAGUGCAACACCCACAAGUAAAUAUAAAUGGCUACAAUUACGCUUUAAUCUACCAUGUGAAGCUUUGAGUUGUACAGGAAAUCAGAAUGUCAAGACAACCCUGCUUAGGAAAUCAAAAAUGAAACAAAAGUUGCCAGUAGUUAAUGUAACUGACGUUCUUUCCAUAUUUGAACAUUUGCCUGUAACUAAAAAGAUGGAAUAGUAACAGAUGAUAAGGAAAAAGUAUCAAAUUGAAAAUAGCCAGCGUUAGAAGUAGCUGCUGAGCCGUUAUUCAAGAUAUUGAAGGAAACUGCAUGAAACGUAACUGUCACUGUUAUACAUGAGAAAAGUAUUUAUUUUGAGAACAUGUUACAACGUGCAGAAAGCAUAAAUGGUUCGAUUAGAAUGAUCUUUAGUUUUUAACCUACUAUAUAUCUUUGACCGGAUGUUUGCCAUGUUGGUAUUGAUGAAAUAAACGUAAAGCAGUACUAUCGACUUGUGAAAUUGAAACUAAUUCAUCAGAUAUAAAUGAUAAUUUAUGUACAGAUAUCCUAUACGAGGAAGAACUGAACACAUCAUGACAGCAACUUUGUAAAAUCAACGUCACAAUGAAAACAAAUAUUUGUGAAGCUGGAAACAUUUUGAAGUUUCCAAACCACGAGAACAAAGAUCAAAAAGGAAGGGUUACAUUCAAUAGCGCGUCCCUUAUUAAAUUUCAUAGUUGCACGACUAGAUAUAGUUCCAGUUAUACAAGAAUAUUGAAAUAUAUAACUUUGUAUAAAAGGGAUAUGUUAAGAAAAUAAAAGAACAUGAAAUAAUGUUGAUCAAAAGUAGUAUUUUCCGCAUUUUCUAAGAACUUUAAACUGAUAAAGCAACAACAAAGUUUAUGAUCGUGUUUGAUGUUUAGCAAAAUGUAAAGGGAUAUUUUUGAAUGAUACCAUUCACUAGAGACAAAAAUUGCAAAUAGAUUUGUUUGAAGUUAUACAACGUGUCCGGUGACAUUGAUGUGAUAAUCUUUGUUAGAAUUUGUAUUGCAACACCAUUGAUUCUAUGAAGAGGCAAUCAAAACGAUACAGAAGGUGAAUAAAAAUUUCCUAGUUUGAUUUUGACGAAAAUACUUGGCAUAUUUUGGCAUAAUUUACUCCGCCAUAGUAGCAUAUUAAACAUUGAAUUACAUCCCAUGGCUGCAGAGAUAAUAAUGCAUGUAAAAUUUAGAGAUAGGUCAGCAUAUCCAACAGAAUGAUGAUGUUUGUUUUACUUCUAAAUCUAAACCAUUUUACAUGCACAAGUCGGUGUAUCAUUUGCCUUAAAUCUUGCUCAAUGUUCUGACCACAGGAACGGUUAUAUUGUUUUAAUAAUUAAGUAUUACAAGUGGUUUCGUGAAUAAAAAAAUGGGUUGUUCUCUUGGCAUAUCACAAGGUGAACUAAGAGUACUUCACACUGUCCCUGGAAAAGAUGGUCAUGCUCGUGCUGCAGAGAUUUGCGCUGGAAAAUCAGGAAUGAGACCCAUAACAAAAGGUUGCUCACUUGAAGGUGUUUGAUAACAUAUAGUGUAACAAUUACAGGGGAAUAAUAAUCCCUUUACUUAUUUUCUGCCAAUCACGACAAGAAGAUAUUCAUUUUUCAGGGCAAAAAUUUAAAUUCAUUUCUGACAAACAGUAAAAUAGCAUAAAAGUAUCUUACAAAAAGAAAAAUGUGAUAACAAUAAUAAUAUGGAAUUUUGUAUGAUAAUUACUGUCAUUUUGAUACAAGUGUGUGACUUUGUGCAACAGUUAAAAUAGAUAUGAAUUAUAAAAUGUAUAAUUAUGAAAUAAUUUUGUGUCAUGUAAUAAGUAUACAUUCAAUGUAGUCGUAUGUUAUUUUAUAAACGAAAUUAGUGAUUUAAAAAUCUGAAGGACUAUAAUUAUCUUUUCUGUGCCUUUUUAGGCGAAAGAGAUGAAAUAUAAUAUCUUUGAAAACAUACUUAAAUAGAAAUAUAUUUGCAAGUAAUAAGUUUUAAGUAUUGAAAUUAUAAAGGCUUUAACAUUCAAAGGAGGGAAGUUUGUUGUAAAGAAAUGAUUGUUAGAUGACUACGAUAUUUGUCUUGAUAAAUGGGACUCAACUUAGAUUUUUCGAGAUUAUUCUUUCAUUUGACGUAUGUCUAGACAACUAACUUGUAUGUAAAACUUUCAGAUCUUUCGUUCACUCGCUCAGUUUUUCCAGAAUAAUCAAUCUAAUAGUGAAAAAUGACCCAAAAGUGAAAAGUCUCGCAACGAUGUUCACUAAAUUGGGACUGACUAUAGUAUUAACAAUUUUAUUCUAAAUCAUCGUUAGCAAAGCUUUCUGUUUUAAGUGACCUUGCUGAUCUAUUUAAGAAAUUCAUUUUUUUGUAUCUUGUUAUUCAGUUGAAUUCCUUCAAUAUUUAAGUAAAGUAGGCAUGAGUGAUGUCCCUUGUUUAUUACUACUUGAUGUAGAAAAAUAUCGUACUACAAUAUUUGUAUUCAUUUGUUGUAAACUUGUUUUAUUAUAUUUUAUUACAUAAUAUUGUAUUAUAUUACUGAAAAAGUACACAUUUAAUCUCCAUAAAUAUGUUUGAAGAAAUAAAGGUUUCAACUAAGAUUUCAAGUUUAUUAUAACAUUGAAUAUGUAUUCUGUAUGGAUGCUUCAUACCUCUCAUUCUUAUCUAUAGUUUUAUGUCGAUUACUAUGUUUAGAUUAGUUGUGCUAUGUAACUUUGUAGAACUUUUGUAUACAUUACAUUCACUUAGCAUGGCCUAAUAUCUAAGUGUUCUAUUUUGUAUGUAAAACUUUCAGACCUUUCGUUCACUCGCUCAGCUUUUCCAGAAUAAUCAUUCUAAUUGUGAAAAAUGACCCAAAAGUGAAAAGUCUCGCAACGAUGUUCACUAAAUCGGGACUGAGUAUAGCAUUAAAUAUGAUUUUCAAUUUUAAUUCUAAAUCAUCGUUAGCAAAGUUUUCUGUUUUAAGUGACCUUGCUGAUCUAUAUAAGAAAUUCAUUUUUUGUAUCUUGUUAUUCAGUUGAGUUCCUUUAAUAGUUAAGUAAAGUAGGCAUGAGUGAUGUCCCUUGUUUAUUACUAUUUGAUGUAGAAAAAUAUCGUACUACAAUAUUUGUAUUCAUUUGUUGUAUUCAUUUGUAAACUUGUUUUAUUAUAUUAUUAUUACAUAAUAUUGUAUUAUAUUACUGAAAAAGUACACAUUUAAUCUCCUUAAAUAUGUUUGAAGAAAUAAAGGUUUCAACUAAGAUUUCAAGUUUAUUAUAACAUUGAAUAUGUAUUCUGUAUGGAUGCUUCAUACUUAUCAUUCUUAUCUAUAUUUUAUGUCGAUUACUAUGUUUAGAUUAAUUGUGCUAUGUAACUUUGUAGGACUUAUGUAAACUUUACAUUCACUUAGCAUGGCCUAAUAUCUUAGUGUUCUAUUUUCAAUUACAUUGUAUUUCUAAACAUUUUUAGAUACAAGUUUAUGAUUUAGCUGUUGCAUUUGUAAGUUAUUAUUAUCCUAAAUUCUAGAGGGAGUUCAUUCAAGGAGGUUUGCCACUCGACUGAACACAAUUGUUCUUUAAGAAGUAACAUUUCUGAAAGCUCUCUGAAAUUAAUUAUGUAAUUAUUGGAUCUAUUAUAGGCACUUUGACAUAUAAAUGAACCUUUAAGAUUAUUUAAUUUUAUUGAAACAUGUUCGACAUUUUGUCGUAUUUUAGUGUUUUUGCCUGGCACCUAGCAAAGUGAAAAUACGAGCCACCAUAGUGUUGAUAUUGACGAUUAAACUUUUCCUCUAUGAAAACAAAAUCUUUUAAACCGCAAACUAUUUUAGUACAUUAUAUAAUAGCAAAAAAUUCGAUAACUCUUAUAAUAUUUAAAAAAAACCCCUCAUAUUUAUAGUUAAGUUUAGUCGUCAUUAGUGAUGUCAAAUGUGAUUAGAUUAUUGACGGGAAGCUUUCUAAUUUUAUUUUUGAGAUUAAUAACCACACCCAAAAGUUUUUCUUUAUUUUACUUUUUAAAGUUCUAAUAGCUAAAGGAUUUUCUUUGCCAAAAUAUGUUUGAUAAUUUUUCAAACAUCAACUUCAUGCAGCCCUAACAACACCCAGGCUUACAGAACGACCGGUAGGCGUCAAGCAGGGCAGUGAAAAAGGAAGGCACAAACGCGGGGCAAGGACGGGUCAUGUCCAUUUAAGGUAAUAAAUGAAGAAUUAAGGUAGCGUUCCCCUGAUGCAUCAGUUCCACUUUGAAAAAUGUUUAAAAAGGAUACAAAUACUGUCAAAUGCAUUGAAACUUAGGGCGAUGAGCUCAAACCGCAGUAAGGUCAACUUAUUUCUAUUUUGAUCUUUUAAAAUUAAUUGAUAUAUAAUGAAAGACCUGUAACACUAGAAAUAAUAAUGUUGAUAGUAUUUAGUAUUAGGCAUAACAACAAAUCACCACGAAUGAAUAAUAAGGCAACUGUGAGGUACAUGAUCCGAUAUUACAUAUAAAUAUAUUAAAACUUAGGUAAUAAAAUGUUCCAGAACAAAAUAUUAUUAUUCAUCAUAUAAAUGUUCACACUAAAUCAACACUUUUAUCAAGUGCAAUCUUAAAAUGCUACAUCUGUUUUCACAUAAAAUAUGAAGUUUUUUCUGUACUGUUAGUAUUAAACAGAUUUAUUAUCUGAGUAUGCUUUCUUCAAAUAGCAUACACUAUUUGUAUUUUCCCUUGAUUAUUUUUCGUACAGUUACGCUAUUUUUAAACUGUAUUUAACACAUUUAAUUCUAUUAUAUUUGUAUAUUGAAGUGAACAUGAAAACCUAUCACGGUAAGUUCUGUACAUUACCUGACUAAAAGUAUUAGCCCUAAUGUAGUGUAUAAAGUGACACAUUAUCGGUUCACCAAAGGCGAAUUAAACACGUAUUUUGAAAUCUUUAACGUGUACGUAAAGUAUAAUAAUAGCACAGCUUAAGAAAGAGAAAAAUUGUGUGACUAUGCGAAUUAUAUGUUUUCACUAUUGUUAAACUUUUAGUUGUGAAAACGAGACCUCUAUUCUGUCUUUUAAUUUAAUUUUCGGUCGAAAGUAUGCAAUGACUAUAUGUUUCAAACAUGUGUGUUGUCAGAUGUUUUCCAUGCUUUGUUUCGCUCAAGAGCAAUCUUUAUGUGUUUGUCCUUUUCAUCUAAUUUUGGAACUUAUAUUAUGUUUUAUUCACCUAUACAUAGCUAAAAUAAAUUAAAUAAUUUAACUUCUAAAUUGUAAUUAUUGUAAGCCAUUAAAAUACAAGGUAUAUAGGCCUAUUUUGGUGCGUUACAAUUCUAUUUUUAGAUAAAGAUAAACAAGACAGAGUUUGGUACUGUUUUUAAGUACACAGGAAAAAUAUUUUGCUCGGUCUAUUUAUAACUUCUGAACUAUGUAAUGGAUACAGUACAAGGUUUUCUUCAACUUUCGUAAGUUUCCCUGGGUUAAACAACACAAUGUCCGAGGUUAAGCCGAGGAUAAAUUGUUGUUUGUCCUAACGUACCGUCCUCUUCUCGUCUGUAAGAAGAUACUAUAUUAUUGUUACUUAAAUAACUGAGAUCUUGGAAUAUUUCUUAUUGUUGAAGUAAAUUAAAUUGUCAUAGGAGAAAGUAUAAGGCUUAGUUUUUUGCUUUAUAAGAAAUGUUAACUCAAAGUACACAUUGAUAUAAAUUUGUAAAUAGAAUUUUAUUAUUUUAGUUCUUAAUAAAUUGUUCCAUAAGUUAUAUUUUACACAUAAUCUAUAUUAAUAAAGAUGGUUUUGAUAAAGCCCUUGUAUUCAAUCAUCAGUUUCAAUUCAAAGCUAUGUAAAGUUUAUUUAUAAGUAACGGAUGAUUAGGAUUUUUAUCAUCGACCAAAAUCUCGAUAUCUUCUUACAUGCAAAACUGUUGUUGUUAAAUUCCGAAUAUUAGGCAUUUGAUAAUUUAAAUAAUGCAAUUACUGAAUAAUUAUUAUAAUUAUUUGUAAUGUAUUGUAAUAUAAAUAUAUAUUCCAUCUUGACUGCCACAGAAUAAAGUACUUAAUUAUGUUUUUCAAAUUUAAAUCUUGAAUUUCAUUUAUCAUUUAUGUUGAGUCACAUUUUUUCUAUUGUUUUUCAUUCAAUGUUUCACUGUAAUAAAUAUGUUUUAUUUUAAUCUUAAGCCGUUUCUCUCAAGUAUGUUUUAAUUCUUAUAAUUGACGCAUUUUCCAUACUUUGCAUAUCAAAUAAUCGUUGUAUUUUAUAUUAUUGUAACUGAUCCUUGAAUAUUUGUUAUUGUUGAAGUAAAUUUAAUUUGUCAUAGGAGAAUGUAAAAGGUUUAGUUUUUGCUUUAUAAGAAAUGUUAAUUCAAAGUACUCAUUAAUAUAAAUUUGUAAAAAAAAAUAUUUUUAUUUUAGUUCUUAAACAUUUUUUCCAUAAGUAAUAUUUUACACAUAAUCUAUAUUAAUAAAGUUAGUUUUAAAUAUUCAAAUAAAGCCCUUGUAUUCAAUCAUCAGUUUCAAUUUAAAGCUAUGUAAAAGUUUAUUUAUAAGUAUCUGUUGAUUUGGAUUUUUAUCAUCGACCAAGAUCUCGGUAUCGUCUUACAUGCAAAACGAGUUAUUGUUAAAUUCACAAUAUCAUGCAAUUGUUAAUUUAAAUAAUGCAAUGUCUGAAUAAUUAUUAUAAUAAUUUGUAAUGUAUUGUAAUAUAGAUAUAUAUUCCAUCUUGACUGUCACAGUAUAAAGUACUUACGUUUUUCAAA